UAUAUACCUUUUACUCUGAUUGAAUAGUUUUUACUCAUGAUUUUUCCUUUCAAACAAAAGAUGCGUAUUAAUAUGCAAUCUAUGCUAUGACAAAUUGUGAAAGAAAUAAUCUAUCUUCAUCAUAAUCUCUAUUGAAAGUGUCGAAUCUGAAAAAAAUAUGGGGACGUGUGAAAAUAAACCUGAAAUGAAUAUUUAUAUUCAAAGUCUUCUGAAAAAAUCUGGAGUUGAAAUUGUCGCAGAAUUUUCAAGCUUAGAUAAAGAAGGUAAGCGAAAUAUUUACCUCAAAAUCUUAUUUGCUGCAAAGAAUGCUAUAUUGGACUCUGAUUGUAAUACUCUUCAGAAAUUAGGUUGCAUCUUAGAUUCCUUAAAAAGUAAUGUCAGCAAUGAAACAUUGCAGGAUUUCUGUAACAGUACAGAUAAUCCGUUUAGAAAUACAAACAUGAUUUUAUUAGCCUGCAAGCAUGGCAAGAUUGAUGUAGUUAGACUACUAUUUGAAGAAAAGAACAGAGCAUUUUGCAACUUAAAUUCUAAAGACUGUAGCAUGUUGUCAAUAUUGCCAGAUACACUUGAUGGGGAUUCUCAUAAUGCAAUUUACUAUGCAAUACGUUCUGGUGAAACCGAUUUGUUUCGCUUAUUAGUUGAACAAUGGCCAGAUAAUUAUUUCCAGGCUCAUAAGGGAGAACUUGAUGUAAUUCUUUCGAAUGUGUAUAAUGAAAUGAAAUUAAAAAAUAUUUUAUUAACAACCGAAACAGAAAUACUGAUCAAAUAUUACUUGAUAGAAAAUCGAUUUUUUCAUGAAAAGUCAGAUAAAUCGGAAGCAUCUGUCACUUCAGUACGUAGAAAAAUUGAACAGCGCAUAAUAAUGCUGCUGGAAGACAUUGAAAAUCUGCUUAAGACCGAGUGUCUGGAAAUGGAUAACACAUUUUUAGUCCAGAUCCAAUUCAUUGCAAAAAAUAUCCAUGCAUUGAAACGAUUAUUAAAAAUGACUUAUGACAGAUUACCGUGGGAAGAAAUUGAAUUUUGCCUGGUGCUCUUUGUCCGCUGCAAUUUGAAAUUCCAAAAAAGGAACUUUUUUUACAACUCCAUUUUGACUGUAAGUCGAAUUCUCAGUCAUCUAAAAAACUUUGCUCGUUGUCUUUCCAUUAAAAAAUCGACCAUUUUAAAAACAAAUGCAAAAACAUUGAGUCAAUUUCCUAAAAACUUUAAAAAUCAAAAACGUGAUGAUAUUGUCUCAAAAAUUUUAAAUUAUCAUCCAUAUUUCAAUGAACUGUAUGAUGACUAUACACAAGUAAGAGAUAUGCAUUCCUUGGAGAAUAUCAAAGAAUAUAUUGAUAUCGCUUUAUCAACAGAUCCCGAGGACAAGGAAGGACAAAUGGCUCUCAUGAGGGCCCUUCAAGUAAUUGGUGAACAUUUAAAGAAUACAGUAGAAACUCCAAAACUAUCCAAUUUAACGAGUGAACUUUUAUUUUAUUCCCUACCGAAAACUACUAGAGAUGUUAUUAAAGAUCUUCGUAACAGUUUAUCACACUCGAAAUCGUUAUAUAAGAGAUCAGAAAUUAAGAAAAGCAAUUCGUUUUAUUUCUCCAAAAUAAAAAACGACCUUAAAAAAUUAGACUCUUUCAUUACGGAAAUUUUAUACAAAAACAGAACAAAAAGCAUUGUUGGAUUACUGAACAAAAUCUUUAGCUGUAAAGAUCUAAAAGAUAUCAGACAGAUCAUCGACACGUUUGAUACCGAAGAAGCUAGAGAAAUAUUUUUAAGAUAUCCGAUCUCAGAAGAACUUGAACAGUUAGAGAUGCUAAUUGACGAACUGCGAAAUAAAGUGGUAGAUAAAACAUACGCAGUGGAAGAACUUUUCGAUGCCAUUAAUUUUGAAAUAAUUCAAGAGAAAAAUAAAUUAAUAAAUGCCGGUGUGCAAUUUUUAAUAGCCUUUAAUGCCAUAUCUUGCAUUUUAAAUAAACUAAAAGAUGACCAGAUUGAUGAGAAAGAUAUCCAGUUUACAAAAUUAAAAGCGGAAGAAAGUCUAUUAUCCAUUAAUAUGGUGGCAACAAAGGACGAACAUUCUUCUCUCAGAAAGAUAAAUGAUCUAUUAAUAGGCCUCUUAUACAAAAUCAAUUCAAGAAUUAGUGCUGAAAAUGUAAAUGAUGUGGUUAGUAUAGCAGUGAAAAUAUAUGUAAUUUUGGAAUAUAAAGUAGAUAACAUAAAAUGGAUUGAGGAAUUUAGAUAUAAAUUGAAACUAAAUGAUCGAAAAAGGGAAAACGAAAUGAUCCAAGAUAAUUACAAAAUUCAAUUCUAUGGAACAUUAAGUUUGCUAAAAGAAGUUCUAGAAGAAAAUGGUUUGAUCAAGCAAAAUAAUAACUUAAUUCAAAAAUUAUAUCUAUUCAAAAAUGAUAAAAAUUUGCAAGCAGCAAUAGAGAUGAUAGUUAUAGAUAUAUUUUCAAUUUUGAGUAACUUAGGUUAUUUGACUGAUAAUCCACUGUACGUUGAAAAUAAAGUUACUUUAAUAGGCAAAAAUUUGCGAAAUCAUUUAGUUCAUUUUAACUCUUUGAAUGACAUUCUUAUGGAAGAAACUUUUAUAGACACAGCUUUAAAUGCUGCAAAAAUAGGAGCAGAAGUCACAUUAGAGCAAAGUAAAAAAAUAGAUAAAGUUUUAUUAAAUGACGGAUCAAAACUGAAAUCUUUUCAAGAAGAAGCUUUACUAAUAAUACAUAAUCAAGAGGCACUUUUUUCAGCUUUGGCACAAGGUAACCUCCAUGAAGUUAAAAACUGUUUGGCAACUGGAGCAGACAUAUUUGGUAGAGAUAUGAAUUCAUGGACAACAUUGCACUAUGCUUCCAAAGGACCUUGUCUUGAAGUCGUUAGAUUUAUUCUCGAACAAGGCGUUGACAUUAGGGCCAAAGAUAUCAAAGGUUUCACUGUUUUGCAUGUAGCUUCAUUAUUUGGAAGAGUAGAAACUGUCAAGUUUUUCUUGACAUUCGAAAAACUGUCAAUCAAGGACGAGACGAAUGAUGGAUGGACACCCCUACAUUUGGCAAUACAAUAUGGCCACAAAGAAGUGGUUGAAAUUUUACUUCAGAAUGAUUCAUGUACCAGUUUUAUAAAUGGCCACCAUUCUCCCAUGUGGUGUGCAAUAUGGUACGAAAAGGAAGAGAUCAUAGAAAUAUUACUUGAUCGAAUUGAAAACGUGAAUGCAAGUGUAAUUACGGGAGGUUAUACUGCUUUGCAUAUAGCUGCUGAAAAAGGACUCACAAAAAUAGUUAAUAUUUUGCUUAAUAAAGGAGCAAAUGUUAACAAGAAAAGUGAUGACCAACUUUUACCAUUACAUUUGGCAUCAAUGAGAGGUAAAACAGAUAUUGUGAUGAUUUUACUUUCACAGAAAUCCGAUAUCGAUGCAGAAACAAUUGAUGGACACACUCCUUUAAUUUUUGCUGCAGAAAGAGGUCGAAAUGAAGUGGUAGAUCUAUUAAUAAAACAUAAAGCAAAAGUAAAUAUUGCUGAUAAGACGAUGAAAUGGACUCCUUUGAUGCUUGUUGUGAAGAACGAGGAUCUUCAAAUGACAGAGUAUUUGCUGAAUAACUUUGCCGAUGUCGAAGCACAAGACUUUCUAGGUCAAACCGCUUUGCACUUUGCAGUUUCGAAAGAUUCGGAGAAUAUAGUCAGAGCUCUUUUGGAGAAGAAGGCGAAUAUUACUACAACAGAUGAUGAAGGUAAAACUGCACUUCACAAAGCUGCUGAAAGAGGUCAUGAAAAAAUUGUCAAAAUUUUGAUCCAGAAAGGAUCCAACAUCAAUGCAGUAGAUAGAAAUUUGCGUACACCGCUUCAUUAUGCUGCAGAGAAGGGAUUCUUAGAGGUAGCUAAAGCUUUAAUUGACACCAAAAUUCUAAACAUUGAUGCUAAAGAUAGAGACGGUUCGACAGCAUUGCAUAUAAGCAUACAUCAUAAGCACAAGAAAGUCUUAAAACAUUUAAUCGAUUGCAAGGCAAAUAUCAAUGAGCUUGACUUAAAGAAACAGUCACCUCUUCACUUAGCAAUAAAAUCCUGCAAUGAUGAAAUCAUACAGCUCUUCAUUGGUAAAGGAAAAGGUGUUGAAGAUAUAAACAUCAAUGCUUCUACAUUGCUGCAAAUGAGUGUUAUAUCUGGAAAUAAAACUUUUACAGAGGAAAUGAUAAAAAAUGGCUGUGAUUGUUUAAUUCGAGAUGAAGAAGGCCGCACACUUUUGCACUUAGCAGCCGAAAGUAAUCAAAUUGAAAUAAUCAAAUUUUUGGCUAAGAGGAUGUCUACAAUUUCUGACUGGAAAGAUAGAAAUGGUCAUUUUCCUUUAUAUUAUGCAGUCAAGAAUAAUUAUAAAAACGCCGUUCUCGAAUUGAUAGAUAAUGAUAUCAGCGUUGAAGAAUAUGAGUCAAUAGAAAUGGCUGUCAGGUCUGGAUACAAAGACAUUCUGGAUAUUUUGUUGAAAAAUUGUAAACGUGAUUUUAUUACCAAUCUGUGCAAAUUUCGGCUUCAAAACGGAUUUUCUCUUUUACAUCUCGCAACUGUGAAUGGCCAUUUGAGUGUUGUUGAGACAUUAUUAAAAUUUAGAAUUGAUAUAGAUGCUACAGUCCCUGAAAACGGUAUGACUUCUCUGCAUCUUGCUAUAAAGUAUGACCAUACAGAAAUUGUGGAAAUGCUGGUAAGAAAAAAAGCUAAUGUUAACAUUCAGUCAGAAGAUGGACAUACUCCUCUACAUUUAGCCUCAGCAGAUGGAUCUAUUAGAAUGAUUGAAAUUUUAUUGAAUGUCGGAGCAAAAUUAUCAAUCAGAAAUAAAUCAAAUCAGUUGCCAGUAGAAUUAGCUGCAGCAAAUGGACAUUUGAUUGCAGUAAAAAUUCUUUUGGAAACACAAGAAGAAAAUUUGAAUAACCUUUUGCAUAUUGCUGCAAAAAAUGGCAAUUUGGAAAUUGCUAAGUACCUCAUUGGGAAGAACUGUGAUCUACAUUUUAGAGAUUCUAUGCAUCUUAAGCCAAUACACGUUGCAGUUCAACAUGGUCAUUUAGACAUCGUCAAACUUUUUUUAAAAUCUGACGAAUCACUUAAGGACAAUACUUUGCUACAUUUAGCUGUUUCAAGAAGUAAUUUGGAUCUAGUAAAAUUCCUCAUAGAUGAAAAAGUUGAUCUUAAUGCACCUGAUGAGAAUGGUAACACCUCUGUGCACCUGGCUGCGAUCCAUGGCAAUAAAAAUAUUCUCGAAAUUUUGUUACAUAAUGGAGCUUAUUAUGAUUCUUUGAACAACUUAAAUAGACAAGCGGAGGACUUAGCUCAAGGAGGACACAUUAAGAAAGCACUGCAAAAAACCAAAAUCUUAUUUAAAUCAAAAUUCCCUAUAGAUGUCGAAGUGUGCAUCGAAGAAGGUGCUUUCGUAAAUGCGAAACGAAGAGAUGGAAGCACACCACUGCAUUUUGCUGCAUGGAAAGGAUUAGAAUGGAUGGUUAAAAUUUUAUUGGACAAAGGAGCAAAUCCAAAUGUGAUUGGUAAAAAUGGAUCAACGCCUCUACAUUAUGCUUCUAAAUAUGCCACUAAGGAAGUCGUUGAGAUGCUUCUAGCCAGCGGUGCUAUAUAUAAUGCGCUGGAUGAUUCUAAAAACCCACCUAUUGAGUACUCUGAAAGGGAAGAUAUUAAAGACUUAUUAAAUCUCUUGGACGAAUCAUUUAAAGGUGUACAAGCAUGUAUACAAACACCCCCUACAUUUCUGCGUGAACUUAAAAGAUCUAGUAGCAUUUGUGCUCUUAUGAGAGCUAAAAAUAGACAUAUGAAAACAUUAGUUGUUGCAGCGAUUUCUAGUGAUUUCCCAUUUGUAGAGCAGUUAAAAUCAAUAAAGCAAGAAGAUCCUUCAGAUAAAUUCGAGACAGUUGAAAAAUUAAUGGAAGAAGAAAAAUUCGAAGAAUCCUUGUUCAUUUUAAAGGAAAUAUUAAAAAAAAGAGAAGCUAUUAUUGGUCCAGAUAAUCCAGGUUGCUUCGAUAUCAAAGAAAAAAUAGCCAUGGUAUUAUACAAGCAACAACACUAUGCAGAUGCCAUGAAAAUAUUUGAUGAAAUUUAUAAAAAAUGGAAAGAAGCAUUGCAUAUCGAAACAGAAGACACCUUAAGAAUACGAGGUUUAAUUGCUACAACUUUCCACAAACAAGGGGAGAAUGAGCAAGCACUGGAUAUCUUCAGAGAAAUCGAAGUGAAAAUGAAAAAAGAUUUCGGAGAAGAUCAUGGAGAAUAUUUGAAAAUUCAGACGCAUAAGGCCGCUGUUUUGCAUGCCUUGGGAAGGCACGAAGAAGCUCUGAGAACCAAUAGUAUGAUCUACGAAAAGUACAAGAAUAAAUUGGGUGAAAAUGAUCCAUUAACUUUAACGGUAGAAAAUAACAUGGGCAUUAUUUUGGUAAAUCAAGGCAAAAAGGACGAAGCUUUGCGAACUUUUGGAAAAGUUUACGUCGGAAGAAAAAAAGUCCUUGGAAAAACUCACUCGGAUACUCUUAGGACUUUUCAUAAUAUGGUGAAUGUGCUUUCGUCUCUUGGAAAAUGGGAUGAAGCUCACGAAGCAUAUCAAGAUGUUCUCUGUAUGCAAAAGGAUACAUUAGCGACAGACCAUUUGGAUAUUUUGCGAACACAAGUUAAGAUAGCAGACCUCCAUUUCAAUCAAAGGAAUUAUUUAAACGCAUUAAAAAUUUAUCUGGAAGUCCAGGACAAAAUGAUAGCAAAAUUAGGACAUGAUAAUCCUGAAAUUCUAGACACUGAAGAAAAAAUAUCUUCAAUACACCAACAACUUUUUCUUGAUGGAAUAAUUGGAAUAGGACGUUUGAAUCAAGUAUACCUGAACGUCAAUGAUACUAUUGAAGCUGAUUCUAAAAUGGCAAUUGAAAGUCUAAUUAGAACGGGUGUGGAUGUUAAUUAUAAGACUUCUAAUGGAUUUUCUAUGCUACAUUUUGCUGUAAAUGACAACAAGAAAGAUAAAGUAGUUUCGUUAUUAUCCAGUGGUGCAGAUAUUUUCUUAGUUUCUUCAAAAGGCAAUACACCCCUUCACAUCGCAGCAAGUAAAGGCUUGAGUGAAAUUGCCGAAAUUUUAUUGGAGCAUGUGAAGCAACAUCAUUAUUCUAAGCUUAACGAUUUCAUCGAUGCUAAAACAGUCGUUAAAGGUAGCACUGCAUUACAUGUUGCGGCAAAUGAAAGAACAGCGAAAGUGUUGCUGAAAUAUGGAGCUAGUUACAACCUUCAAAAUGAUAUCGGCCAAACGCCAGUUGAACUUGCUACAGAUUGGCAUAUAAUCAACUUACUUCGGCUAACCGACAAAGUUUUCAAAGAUGCAGCUUGCUGCAACAGUCAGUUGAUAAGGGGAAUCGGUUUUCUGCAUUUUAUGGGUUUUUCUGCUAUCUUCUUUGCUCGAAAUAGGGAUAGACUCACUUUAGUGGAAGUUGCUCAACAAGCUAACAACAAAAUACUUGAACAUGUUUUAUUAGCAAUGAUGAAAACCCCAAAUCAGUUUAUUUUACCGGAUUCAAAAAUACAUCUAUUGUAAUCACUUGAUGGAAAAACCACCACUUUAUAACUUGGCCAAUGCAGUUUGAUGACUAGACAUCACAACAAUAAAAUUCCAUGAAACCGAAAUUUCGGAGGAAAAAAAUUCUAUUUGUUAAUGUUGUUAAUUAAAAUUUUUAAUUUUAAUUUUCUGAUGAAUUCAUUAGUGUAAAUCAGAAAGAUGAUAUAAUGUUUCC